AUGAAGUUCCCUGUGGAUCUCCUGGCUGAUGUCGGUCAGGCAGAGCUGGAACGGUCAGCCCACAACUACAUGAACAACCUCCUCUACAGAAGCCCUGAUUCUCCUGAGCACCUCGCCUUCUCUGACUCCACCCAGGUCACCAUAGACAUUUCUAGCGUGGGCUUCAUCCCUCUGUAUGGAUCCAGUGAUAGACAGAAGAUCCUGGCCCUCUUCUCUCCCAGGGAUCCACUCACUGCAGUGGCCCUGUACCUGCUCGACCAGUGGUGGACAGUGGACGAUAUUCUCAAGACGACAGAUGCCGCUCGAGAUGGAGCCAUGGAGGUGGAGACAGUAGGAGAGAGAAUAGUUUUAUACAUCCUUAAUCGUGUCAUCUAUAGAGCUAAGGAGAUGAGCUCUGACGAGCUUCCCUUCCUCUGCCAUGGAGAAAAAGAUUAUGCAAAAAUCCUCUGGAGUAAUGGAGAGGCUGUUGGCUUCUAUUCAGUAAAACCCUCAGGUAGUUUAUUUAACUCUUAUUCAACCAGGAGCUACCAGCUCCCUGUGAUGGACUCCAUGUAUGUUAGAAAGUGUCAGCGUGGUAAAGGCUUUGGCCUUCAGAUGCUGGAGGACUUCGUGCUCAGUUUCAAAGAGGAUUGUCUGGGGCUGAGGUACCCCAUCACAAAAUCCAUGUAUAAAGUGUGUGAGAAGUACCUGUGUCAGUACCCAGGAGACACAGACCUGCUGUGGGAGGUGGAGAGCGUAGGCGCACUCAACCAGAGGACCAAUAUCGCCAGCAGGAUCCAGACCAUGGCCCUGAGUGGAGGAGGUGACAGUACUGAGAGUUACCAGAGAAUCGAGGAUAUUGAAGCAGAAACUCCCAGAGAGCAACAGGGGAAGAAGGCACAUGAUGUCCCUGAGCUGGAGCAGACUGAGGGGAUGUUCAGUGUGGCCGCUGAAGAACAAGGUGAGGAUGUAGUUGAUACUGUACCUGAAGAUGAAGACAAACCAGCCACUGUCCUAGACCUAGAAGAAGCUGAUGUUAUAGCUACACCUGUGACUGAGAAGCCACAAGCAGACGAUGCCACACAGGAUCUGAAAAAUGACUCACAAAUUACAGUUGAGAAUAUGGCAUCAGAAAUUGAGGAAGAGUGUCAGGACGAAGACGUGGAAGUACUGGUAUCCUCCGAAGAACUUUUAGAGGAACACGCGGAAGCAGAAACUCUGGAGAAAGUGGGGAAAGAGGGAACUGAAAUGACGGUUUCUGAUGAAAAGUCAGAAGGAAGAAUUGCACAACAUGAGUUAAGUCUGUCAACACAUACAACGUCAGGGGACAUCGAAGCUGAAAAAACUGUUGUAAAGGUUACAAAAGGUGUACAGAAUGAAACCCACAGACAGAGAUCUCAACAGCACAGCAAGCUGCUGGAGGCAGUGACGGAGGAAACUACAGCCCAGGAAGGAGGGAAAAUUUUGAGGCGAAGAACUGUUUCGAGCGCUCCCACACCCAAACGCAAGUAUACCAGACACAGCCAGAAAAUAUGUAAAGAAUUAGAGAAAGAGAUUGAUGAUGUGGCAGGGAAGAAUGAAGGUUCUACAACUGAAGUAGUGGAGGAGUUAGCUGUAGCUGAGAGAAAAGAACAAGAAGAAGUGACCUCCAUAGAAGAGGAUAUAGUUGCCGUGGGAGACUUAUCAGAGGAUAAAAAUCAACAUCAGGAAGACGAACGACUGAGAGAUGAAGAGGAGACUAAGAAUCCAGAGGAGCCGGGGCUGGAAGACAGUUCUGCCGAGUGUCCCAAUACAGCAGAGACUGCACUUCAAAAGGAAAAUGAGGAUGAAAAAGUAACAGAACAAAAGGAUGCGGAGGUAGAAGCAUCACUGAUACAGGAUAAACAAGAGGUCUCUGAUGAGGAAAUAGAGGAGCCCCCUGUUGUACAGAGGAGAGCUGUGAGAGGCAGACCCAGAAAACAAAGAAAAACCCAUCAGAAUCAAGAAGAAGAGCACACACAUGAAGCUGGCCUGAGUGCAGGAGGUUCUGCUGAAGAGAGGGAUGGACAACAGAUGGAGGAGCGCCACAGGGUAGAAAAAGAGAAGACUGUUGACAAAACAGAAGAGAUAUUUUGUGACUCUGUAAUGAUAGAAGCUACAAUUCCAAAGGCAGAGGAAGCAGCAGAGGAUGUUUUAGCUUUAACUGAGAUGAACAUGGAGGAGAGCAAGGAGGUGCAGGAAGAAGAAAAGACAGAGGAAGAGACAGACAUUGUUUCAGCGAUGGAAGCAGAUAAGGAGGAAGAGGCAGACGGCGUCUCUGGUUCAGGAACAGUAAUACCCGAUGAUGUUCAAGAGGAGGCCAGCGUGCUAGGAGCUGAGGAGCCUCAGGACAGGGAGGCUGGCUCUGAAAUCCCCAAGCUCCAGAAAGCCAGUGUCAUCUUAGUGGACCUAAAAUCAACUUGGCAUCACCUUAGUGUGACGGAGGCAGAAGAAAAAACAUUUGAUGGAGAGUGUGCUGCUCCAGAAAUGGAACAGACGGAGCUGAUUGCAGCAAAGGAACAAACACCAGACCCAGAAAUGCUAAUGUUGGAAGAGGAGGAUGGAGGGAACCAGGGAAACAUUACAGAAGAAUCUGUAGAUGUCACUGCAGAGGUAGAGACUGUUAGGAAAGAAGAGCUUGAGGAAAAUAUUGAGGAAGCACCGGUUAUUGAAACAAGAGUACUCCGAAGUGGAAGAAAGACCACUGAAGCAAGCUGCAAGUCCAGAGGGCGAAGCAACCAACAGCAGAAGGAAGACAACAUAGGUGAAGAUACUAUUGAAAAGGAGGUGGAUGAAACAAACACAGGCAACUUUGAGGUUGAAGGAGAGAUGGACGCUGUGGCAAAGGAUGCAGUAACGGUAACAGUUCCAGUGGAGGAGAUAUGUGCAGAUACGGACGCAGACGUUCAGGAUACAGGGGUAGAGGAAGAAAAAGUAGUCAAGGAAGCAGCUGUGGAAAAAACAAAUGAAGAGAGAGGGGAACAAACUGAGGAGGUAGCAGCAAAGGUUACUGAGGAAGCUGCUUCUGAAAGAGAGGGGAGUUUCGAGUCAGAAAUGGAUGUACAGGAAGGGAAGGCUGUGGAAGAGGAAGGAGAAAAUGUAGGGGAGAACCAAUCAGAAGUCACAUCCAAGACAUUGGCAGAAGGAGAAGCCCCAGAAGAGGGUAGAAUCGUGGUGGAGAAGGAGGAACAUGUUACUGUAGAAGUGGAAGAAGGAGUGUCAGAAAAAGGAACACUGUCAAUGACUGAAGAGGAGGAAAACACCGUUGGAGUUCCAGCUGCUGCAGAUGAUUUAGUACAAGGAGAGACUGACCCUCCAUUAGCCAAACCUGACACUGACUCAGCUCUGCUUACACCUAGUGAAGAGGAGGCAAUACCUUCAACUGGGGAUCAACAGAGUAAAGAAAAGACAUCCCUGCUUUCUGAUCUCCAAAGAGUGACUGUGGUAUUAGUGGACCUGAAAAAAGUCCAUCAUGAAGUCCAGGAAGAAAGGGCAGCUGUUGAGGAGGGUGUUCUGCUAGAAAAGGCUGAUGCCGAGGCAGAAGAGGAGCAAAGGGGAGGAACAAUGAAAGAGGAAGAAACGGUGGCAGAGGAGCAUGUUCCUGGUUCCCCCCUGGAGCUGGAGAAGGUGGUAAUGGAUGAAGAAGGGUUGGAGGAGAACGUGGAAGAUGUAGUCACAAUACAGGAAGACACAAGUGUGGGGAGUGUUGAAGAGACAGAAGCUAAAAAUGUUGAUGAGGAGGAGGAGGAGGAACUUAAAGUCACUGAGAUGAGAAAACGGAGAAGUAGAAAACAAGCAGCCAAAGUCACACCAAAACACAGAUCAGGAAGAAGCAGGCAGAGACAGGGCGAAGAGGAAGAGGAAGUGGCUUCAGAAAUUGGAGAAGAGGAACCAGUAAUUCAAGUCAGAGUUCUGAGAGGGGGAAGGAAGUCUAUCCCUGUCGCUCAGAGAUUUACAACAACAAGAACCCAAAAGCAACUCCAGGGAGAAGAGAAAGAGGAAGGAGAGGGAAUAAAGGGAUCUACAGGAGUUCAGGAAGGAGAGGCAGAAGAAGAAGAGGAAUAUAUUGAGAAACAGCACACAACUCAACAGGUAGAAAAUAUAGGACCAGAAAUGGGUGUAGAGAAAGCAGAUACCAUGGCAGAGGAAGCUGUCACACAACAAGAUGCUCCAGAAGAGGGACAGGCGGAGAACACGGAGGCAGUAGCACAAAUCGCAGAAACUGCAGCUGGAGAAAAUGCACAAAAGACACUGUUGGUGGCAAAGGAUGACGAGGCAAAAGGUGUUUCUGAGGAGGAGGAAGCUUCAGUUUCUAAAACGAGAAUCCUUAGAGGUGGGGAAAAGGCGGUGAGAGCUACACCACGAGGUAAAGCCACUAAAAGACAAGAUGAUGAGCAAGAGGUGGAGGCAGCCAGAGGGAAAAGCACAGAAGAAGGUGAAUCAGCAGUAGAGACGAGAGUUUUGAGAAAGGGAAGGAGGUCUGCUCCUGCCACACCGAGAUAUAGAUCCAAAAGAGCCCGUACACAGUGUCAGCCAGAGGAAGAGGCAGAAGAAGUAACUACUCCAGCCGAGGAGACUGAAGGAGAGGACUCUAAAGCUGAUGAGAGUGAAAACAACAGUGAUGAGAAAAUAGAAGAAAUGGACGAUGAGGGAGUUGUAGCUCAGAAAGAAGAAGAUACAGAGCCAGAAGUUCCAGAGGAAUCAUUCGCCAAGCAGGAGGAACAGUCUGCUGACGGACAGGGAGAGGCUUCUGCUGGGGCAAGUCACGAAGAGACACCCACUACAAAUAAGGGAAAUAUUACUGAUGAGGAGGAAGCACCAGCUGUGGAACCAACAGGUCUUAGAAGUGGUGGCAAGAGUGCAGUAAGAGUACAGGUACAGAGCACGGAUGAACCAGCAGAAACAAGAGUUCUGAGGAAGGGGAGGAGGUCCGCUCCUGCCACACCUAGACAUAGAUCCAAAAGAGCCCGCACACAGUGUCAGCCAGAGGAAGUAACUUCUCCGGCAGAGGAGGCUGAAGGAGAGGAAGAAGAGGCAGGGGAGAAAUCACCUGAGGAGAGAGGAGAGAAGGCUGAGGAAGAAGGGAAGUGUAUAGAAACGGAGGUGGAGAAAAAGAAAGGUUUGGAAGAGGAAGACAUUGAGAGUGCAGCUGGUGGAGGAUCUGUUGUGGGAGAUGCAGAAAAGAUAGACACCUUGACAGAGGAAACAGCAGUGCUCAAAAAGGAGGAUAGCAAAGUGACAGCUGUGGAUGAGACCAGUACCGACACAGUCCACUUUUCAUCAGCUGAAGUAGAAGGGGCAAAUUCUGCAGUCAUAGAAAAAUCUACUGCUGCUACAGAAGUGGGAUCUGACACUACCACUGCAGAAGAAGAGGCACUAGUUGAAGGUCCAGUUGUAACAAGAGCACUUAGGAGCAAAACAAAAGCUUCAAAUGCCACACCAUCACGAGGAUCGAGGAGACAGAAAGACCAAGGAGGAGUGGAGUCUCAGCAGCAGGGAGAGGAAACACUGGAAGAAGUGGAUCCAUUGACUGAUGAUGCAGCUGAAAACAGAGAGCUAAACGUUAAGGAACAAGCAGACAUGAAAGAAACAUCAUCUACAGGAGAGGAGGCAAAGCCUCCAGCUGAAGAUACUGCAGAGAACAAGGCUAAGGAAAAAGCUGAAUUGAUAUACAGCAGAGUGCUAGAACCAGCUGCUGAAGACCCAGCAGCAGAAGAUAUGGAAUCAGAAGAGGACUCUUCCUCAGAUGAAAGUAAAGAAGGUCAAACUGUGGACUCCGUAGUAGAAGUCAGAAAUCUCAGGAGAAUGAAAACUGCAAACAAAGAAGAGGACAAAGCAGAAGAAAUCCAACUUCCAAAGCGAAGGUCCAUACGAAUACGACCAAUAGUGGAUUACAGGGAAAACGAUGAGGAGGAUGAGGGGGGUGAGGCUGAGGCAGCCACUGACAGGGAGGUAGAGCUUGAAGUGGAAUCAGAUGAGGAUGAUGACAACAAGAAAGCUGAAUGUUCUGCUCAUGAACAGAUAGAGAAGCUCGAGGAAGAUGAUAAAAAUGAAAACUUAGGGAAAGACACAGGGGCUAUUGAGUGCACUAGUGAAAAGGGGGAUAUCCUCAAUUUAGAAUUAGAUACAGAUGAAGAGGCAGAGACAGCAGCUUUAAACCAGGAGAAUGAGGAUGAUGAGCAGGAUAUUUCAGAGGAAGAGGUGGAGCCUAUAGUGAUUAGCAAGAGAGUUUUAAGAGGGAGCUGA